CUCGAGCACUCUCUACCACAUAUCCUACUCCCACUACAUCCCAUCUACUACAAAAACACAACAAUGUGCACUUCAAACGCUUCCGCUGCCCUGCUCCCAAGGCGUCAAACAACCAACAAGGCGUCCAAGAAGCUCCUCUGGGCGCUAUCGGGACCCUCAUCCUCUCACACAAUAAUCGACGACAGCACCCUCCUCACUUCUGCCGAUCUCGAGCGGCCUGACUCAUGUGGUCCCAGCGAAGGCCCAGUACGCAAGCGCCGGGCGUGCAAGAACUGCUCCUGUGGGCUUGCAGAGUCCGAAGCGGAAGAGACGCCUGCCCUCAGCUCCGGAUCGAGCUCAGCUGCCGAUUCAGGAGCAGAGGAGGACGUGACGUUCACUCUUCCCAAGAAGGCAGAGAAGAAGCCGACGGAGAGGGAACGCCUAAUCGCUCUGGCAGAGUCGAUCGAGCGUGGAGAGCUCGUCACCAGCUGCGGCAACUGCGCAAUGGGUGACGCCUUCCGCUGUCCUAGCUGCCCUUACCUCGGCCUCCCCGCUUUCACCCCAGGCCAGAAAGUCGAGAUCGACUUUGGUGAUGACCUGUGAUCGUGAGCGUGGCGUGCUUCUGUGCAUAGGCCGGGGCUAGUUCCUCUCGCCUUCCUGGCAUUUUCUCUCUAUCUCUCCCCUUUUAUCGCAUGCAUGGGUCCUCUUUCGUUUGACGUUGGGCUCGGGUUAUUAUCUGCAUCUGCAUGAUCCGCUCGACGGACACUCCUGUUGUACACUCUCCGUGGCUAUAAUCAAAUCGCAU